UGUCAUUUUCACUGUAAACUAUUGUUAACUGCGACUUAAACAAAGAGUAACUCUUUGGACUUAAAUUAAAAUUUAUUUUACCUCUUCCUAUUCAGUAUUUGAGUUACUAUUCUAAUUUUACAGUCAUGGAGAGCAGAGUUUCUUCCAAAGAUAACAUUUUGAUUGUUUGCUCGAGUGAGGAUAAGAUUGAUUCCUCUAAAUCCAUCAUUGAAAAUCUUCGUGAUGCCAUCGGUGCUGAAGGAAAUUUAUUUGUUGAAAAAGUUUCGCAAUUAACUAAAGAUAAACUUCAACCUUCAAGCUUCCACAAAAUUUUCUACGGUUAUAUUGAUGUUACACCCAGUGUCAAGCAACUGAAUGAUGCUGUUUUGGAUCAGUUGAUCAAAUUGGUUCGUCCAAAAGGACAACUGUUUAUCAAGAAAUCACAAGAAGAAGAUUGUCAAACAGCAUCUUUACUUUUAAAUAUCAAAUUUUCAGGAUUUGUCAACAUUAAUGAGAGAUUCGAUGAAAUCACCUGUGAAAAACCAGAUUACGAAGUUGGCUCAGCUGUUUCCAUCAAGAGUGGGCAAGUUCAGGACUCUAAAGCAAUCUGGCAGUUAGCCGCUGAUAACUUGCUUGAUGACGAUGAGUUGAUUGACGAUAAUGCUUUAUUGACUGAAAGUGAUCUGAAAAAGCCUGAUCCAGAAAGUCUGAAAGUUUGUGGCACCACUGGAAAAAGAAAAGCUUGUGCUAAUUGCUCGUGUGGUUUAGCUGAUGAAUUGGCCAAAGAGGAAGUACAAGCUAUUAAAAGCAAUUCUCAAAAUGCUAAAUCAUCCUGUGGAAGUUGCUAUUUAGGUGAUGCUUUUCGAUGUGCAAGCUGUCCUUACCUUGGAAUGCCAGCCUUCAAGCCUGGAGAAAAAGUUACAAUUGAUGUUUCUUCCGAUUUGUAAUUGUCUCACCAUAAAGAAAUCUGAUAUUUAUAUUGUGAUUGUAAUUUUCUUUUCAUAGUUUUCUUAGUUAUGCAAAUGAAUAAAAUUUUAGACUACGCUGCACAGAGCUCAGUCGUACAGAAA